AUGGCAACCAGCACACUUCGCAUCGCUCUGGAGAACGUUGACUUCCGACUUCCAACCCAAGUCACCGACGACAACAGUGUCCUAGCCCUCAAAUCACUGGUAUUCGAGCCACUGGUGAGAUGGCGACCCAAUGGAAAAGUAGAGCCUGGUCUCUUUUCUUCCUGGGAUCGAUCCGAUGACGCACGAACGUGGCGCUUCCACAUCCGAGAAAAUGCAAUCUUCCCCGACGGACAAGCAUGCAGCGCAGAGAGCGUGAUCACGUACAUCAACGGCUUCUUGGACUCGCGUGACUACUUUGGUAUGAGCUGGAGCUAUGCACGAUACUUUGCUCGGACGACAUUUGUGGCUGAAGACGAGACCACCGUUCGAAUUGAGAAUGACGAGCCUUUUGCGCAUCUUAUCGAUAUACUGAACGACUUCUGGCCGUCUCGUAUUGCUCAGGAUGGGAAGCCGGUAAUUGGUACUGGAUCUUACCGCGUGACCGAGUUCGAAAGGCGUGAUGGACGGGGAAGUGCAGAGCUUCAACUCAUUGACGCCUCAAACAGUCCCCAUCUACCGGAGAAGAUUGUUGCCGUUCAUGAACCGAGUGGCGAGAAAAGGCUCAAGCUGCUUCGAAGUGGUGAAGUGGAUGCCGCAUUGAACCUCGAACGAGCGGAAAACCUCGAGGUGUUGGACCUCGAACCCUCACUGCAUUGGGGCCGAGUUCUGAGCACAUUGUCCGUGAUAUAUUAUCUCAACUGCUUCAACGGCCUUUUCACCAACCCAGAGGCACGUUUUGCAGCCAACUUGGCGAUUGACAAUGCUGCUCUUGUCAAUCAAGUCUACAAGAGUUUCGCUGCACCAUCUUCCACUGUUGUCAGUCCCCUCCACCUUGGGCACCGGGAAGCAGACCUAAAACCAAUCCCGUACGAUCCAGCAGCAGCCCGGGAGAUACUGAAGAAGUUCGAUAUCAGCAGUCCGAUCUUGCUGCGCACACCAGAAUACAUGCCUGAGCACGCGGAAAAGAUCUCACACUUUGUAGCCGCGUCUCUUGAAUCCGUUGGAUUUACUGUCAAGGUUGAAGUAGAGACUAACCGGCCAGAAUACGCACGGUCGAUUGGUCUACGCAAACAGGUUGGUGAUUUGGCGUUGUUCGACUCAACGCCCAACACCACAUUUCGAGUGCUGGACGACAAAAUUUCCAGCAUCAACAAAAACACAUGGUGGCUGGGAUAUCACGACGAGGAGUUCUUGAGUUUGUUCGCAGAGGCCAAGUCAACUGUGCUUGAUGAAGCACGAGCUCAAGCUUAUGCUAAAUGUCUGCGACGGUUGCAACAGAACCCUCCAUGGCUGUAUGUGGCUCAUCCGGAAGUCAUCUGGGCUACACGACCUGGCCUUACGAUGAAUGUUGGAUCUUCUGGCGUUCUUACGCUUUGA